AUGGAACGCUUGGUUGGCACUAAAGCGGACUCGAAACACCGUUCGAUCAGGCAGUCAAAGCGGACCCUCUUACCGACUGCGCUACAUCUGCAGAAGCCAGCAUUGAAUCGGCAUGAUUCGUAUUACUUAUCAUUUGUUAUAGAAGCACUAACUCUAAAACUUACAAUUCAGCUGAAAGAGUUGGAAUUUGGGCGUCUUAUGCCAUUGAUCCAGCCAGCAUCACACGAUCUCCGUAGACUAUUGCACCUUGCUAAGAUGAGGUGUGGCCUUUUGCGCGUUGUCCUAAUUCCCCUUGCAGGAGUGAUGACGGUCUUCCUGUUAUUCAACCAAUUUUUAUUUGGUGACGAGGAGCCUGAAAGUCUUUUUUCCAUUUUUGAAACAAAUGCGACCGAGAAAGCCCAGAAAGUGGAGAAAGCAUUUGAUGAAUGGAACAAAUGCAUGGUUGCCAGAUUUGAAAAGGAGAGGAAAAGUCUCGGAAAACUCUGGAUGAACUUUCAUAAUCUGACCAAUCAAUGCACUGCUGAAACGGAAGUCUCCAAAAUAAUCUUAACUCCGUUCGUUAACAGCGACGAAACAAAGUACUACGUACUCAGCGAAAAUGUUUCUGAUCCAAGCGUUGUUGUAUCUCUUGGAAUUGGUGCAGACGUUACUGCAGAACUUCAGCUGAAAGACAAAUUACCACAGGGUAGCGAAUUUUUUGGAGCCGAUCCUGUAAUUGUGCCAAAUAGUGAACUCUUCAGUCGAAUUGGAAUAUUCUUUCCUUUUGCUGUAAGCAAGGAAAGUGGUGUUGUGAAGUCGGAAAUUCGAGAGAAUGAUGGCUCGUACAAACAGAUGAAUGCAGUCAGCAUCGACUUUGUCACCUUCUUGAAUGAAAUGGUGAAUAGGACGGUUAUCGAUCAUUUGAUUAUGGACAACGAAGGUCCAGAAUAUGACCUUGUUCCUAUGAUAGCAAUCGACAGGGUAAUCGAAGACAACGGCAUCGUCAUCUGUCAUAUGAAUGUGGAGUUCCACGAACCUGGCCCGAUAGAAAGGCUUCAGUUGUUCGACAACGUCAUCUCAGGAAUAUUGAAAGCAAGACGCUUCGCUCCUAUAUACAACUUUCACUGGGGUCAUCAACGCUGCUUCCUCAUAAAUUAUGAGCAUCCAUAUUGUGUUGAAAAAUACCUUGCGCAAUUCUUCUAG